AUGUCAAGUAUCAUUUUCCGAGCUCUUCAGGGACUCGGGGGUGCCGGCGUCUACUCCUUGACGCUUUUCUCUUUUGUUCGGAUUGUGCCUUAUCAGCACUUCGACAAGGUCAGCUCACUGGCUGGUGGCAUCUCGUCAUUGGGCCUUGUCCUCGGUCCACUGCUGGGUGGUGCCAUUGCCAAUAGUGGCAGUUGGCGCUGGGUAUUUCUCUAUAAUGUUCCCGCGGGUAUCGUAUCUUGGGUUUGCAUCUUAUUUGCUCUUCCCAUUCACUUCCCGCACGGCAGCCCAGAUCAUGCUCCCGGUCUUGAGUCACAGUUCUGGCUGGCUACAAAAUCUUUCUUCCGUCGUGUUGAUAUUUUGGGCUCGUUUUUGACUUUGACCUCCUGCUCAUUUAUCAUCGCUGCCCUUCAAGAGGGCAAUUCUGAAUAUGCAUGGGGCUCUGGGCUAGUCGUCGCAUUCUUCGUCAUAUCAGGUGUUGCUUGUAUUGCCUUCAUUUAUUGGGAGUGGUUUAUCUGCCGCCAUGAUCUCGGGAUAAUCCCGAUGUUUCCAUGGUGGCUAGCACGCAAUCGCGUGUUCAUGGGAGUUGCGUUAGGAUUUUUCACGACUGGCUUGCCUUUAUUUGUUUGCAUUAUCAAUAUUCCACAAAGAUUUCAGAUCGUCAACGGAAGUUCCCCGAUCGGAGCAGGUGUUAAAUUGCUUUCAUUCUCGGUCAGCUGCCCGAUCGGCAUUAUAGCCUGCUCCAUCAUUGCGGGAAGACUCUCGAUUCCCUUCUGCUACAUAAUUCUUGCUGGUGUAGCUUGUCAAGUCUCGGGUCUUUUUCUUUAUUCUUGUGUGGAACCGGUGACUCAUCUUUGGCUUGGUCAGUUCGGAUACCUCGUUCUGGCCGGACUGGGGGUUGGCUUAAGUGUAGCCGCCUUCUACAUGGCUGCACCGCUAGUGGUAGAUCAGGAUGAUCAGUCAGCGGCAGUUGGCAUCGGUAUACAGUUUAGAACGCUUGGUGGUGUUCUUGGUGUCGCUGCUUCAGCCACAAUUCUUAACCACUACAUUGAGAGCCGACUUUCAUCCACUUUGCUUUCUUCCGAGCUAGCUGCCUUGUCCGAGACAACCGAAUCGAUCAUGUCGCUGUCAUCGAACGUUCAAACUCACGUUCGUGAGGUUUACGCAAUGGCUUAUAACACACAAAUGAGGCUCGCUGGUUCAUUUUCAAUUGCUCAGUUAUUUGCCGUGGCAAUGAUGUGGAAAAGAGAUAACGUUCGAUUUUACAAGGCAAAGCAAGCUCUUAGUUCAGCUGAAUAG